AUGCUCUUUCGGCAGUUCUGCGAAACCCGGGCUGAGCUGAAGCGCUGUGUCAAAUUCCUGGACGCUGUGGUAAGUAAGAAAGACCGACAGGCAGGCAGGAUUAAAACGCUUGUGUUUGUUUUUCCUCGAGAUGCACAUCUUCUGAAGGACUCUGAAUGAGCUUGUUCAAAUGUAUCUCAAGUUCUCAUUUAUUAGGGGAAGGGAAGGUGGGGAGGGUAGGACAGGACAGGAGGUUAGUAGCUAAUGAAAUACAGGAUCUCUUGACUUCUGGGAGCAAAGGGUUGCAAUCUGCAUCAGUUUACCACCCUCCACCGCCCCCUCCACCUCCCCCCUCCUCUUCUUUCUCAGUGAAUGCGCCCCGCACUACGCUCUUGUGGAAUUUUCUUUUGGUUCUACCCACCCAGUCCCGGGAGGGAGGGGGCAGUGUUAGAGGGUGAGGACGAGGUGGAGGUGCAGGGGGGACAGCAGGGUAGCUAGCCUACCAGGGUGUUGUUCAGAGCCCCCACCUGAUGACUCAAUGAUAAACCUGAACUUCCUCUCUCCACCCUGGCUGACCCCCAUGGCAUUGUGCGGCAUUCUUCUAAAAUAAAGUUCUGGAGCACACACAUACACACAGACGCGCACACACAUACUCACUCGUGCGUAUAUGCAUGCUCGCUAGAGGUCUUAACGGGUCCAACAGGCCCGAAAUUCUGAGAUCUGACCCGGAUCCCGAGCAGUCCUAAAUUCGGACUUUUGUCUUUGAUCUGGGUUGGGUCUGAUAUAAUUGCCACGGGUCUUGGGUAUGUGCAAUUAAAAUGUAUUUACUGACUGGACCCGAUUGGACCCAUCCUCUGUUAAAGAAGCCAACAAGGGGAAUGUCUUCAGGGACAUGUUUUAGUGGACAAAGAUGAGAAGAACGUUGGCGCGGUCAAAUGGACGGUGUGUGCAACUUGCUAUUCAGGUUUGAUGCAAUUUUCUAACAUUGAUUUAUUUUCAUAUUUAUUAUAAUUUGUUUUAGUAUUUAUUAUUAUUAUUGUAGACCUAUUUAAUCAAUCUAAACCAGUUCUUUAAAUAUGCAAAAAGUGUUUUGUUUAGAUAUUUUUGUUGGCUAAAUGAAGUUCGAACUGUCUUUUUAAGUUUGUGAUACGUAUUUAGUUAAAGAUAGGUUAAAAGUUGGCCUGUUGUAAAAGAAAUAGGAUUAGCCUAUUGCUGUCAUUUAUUGGGUGGGCCUAUGGCAGGCACUCGUUUUUGUUAGUAAUUUCUGCAAUAUAAGCCUGUUGAAAACUUUUGUGAAGGUUUAAACCAGUUCUUUAAAUAGAUGUCUUGUUUCAUUCUGUUGAGACAUUUUCUUUGGCCAAAUUAAGUUAAUGUUGUGUUUGCCGCAAUAUGAUAGAAUUACCGGUAGGCCUACUAUAGUGCUACUCACACUCGAACCAUGAAAAGGAAAAACCAAAGAGGGCAAGAUGCAAAACUUAAUUUAAUGCCACAAUAUAAUAACCUGUUCGUAUUUUCCUUAUAAACAAUGACUUGAAUUACUUUUGAUAUUACCCUAAUAAAGUAAAACUUUUGUGAAGGUAUGGUGGGGUAUGGCUAUUAUUAGGCUUAGCUAUGCAGGCCUAUGAAGGCAGUGAGUUCCAACUGACUCCUACAGUUGAACUUGAGGUGAGGAAGAAUGUUUUAGGCCUACCAGAGUUACUAGCCUGUCGACUCACAAUAAAUUCUACCUCUGCUCUGUCGUUCUCUACAUACUUUAGUCUGAGACUGACAUCAUUUAAGUCGUUUGUGAUGAUGAGGGACACGAGGGGCGUUGUACAAAAAGUAAUCAGCGGUUGGAUCAUCUCUAACCAAUCUGAAUAUCAAAACCAAUGACACAUUUUCAAACUGCCGCUUUACCUGUGCCGCUUUACCUUCACCUGUGUUCUGGCUCUGGCCCAACCCAUCGGUUUCUGGACUAAUCAGACGGCCCCGAAUGUGUUCGCAUUCUGUGAAUGUUGGGGGAGGUACUCAGGUCCAGACUCAUUGCGGAACAUAAACUAAUGUCCGUGGGUGUGGCGUAGCGUUCAGCCAGAGCUAGGAGUCUGGGUAUCCACACAACAGAGUUACUCCUUUAAUCUAACAAUAUAAUGCUUAUCUUUAUAAAAAUCUAACAAAUUAGCCUCUUUCUGUACGCCUAUAGAGUACCACAGUAUGAGUUAUAAUACCCAUAAAACCUAGCGGUCAAACAAGAAAAUGGUUCCAAUCGUUUUUCCACUAUUUCUUUUUCCCAUAGGGGAUUUUAGAAACACUUAAAAUAAGGGCUGUGUUUCAUGUAGGCUUACCCAUUUACAUUUACAUUUACGUCAUUUAGCAGACGCUCUUAUCCAGAGCGACUUACAAAUUGGUGCAUUCACCCUAUAGCCAGUGGGAUAACCACUUUACAAUUGUAUUAUUAUUAUUAUUUUUAUUAAUAAAAAAAUAAAAAAAUAUUAUUAUAUUAUUUUUUUUGGGGGGGGGGGGAGGGGGGGGGGGGGUAGAAGGAUUACUUUAUCCUAUCCCAGGUAUUCCUUAAAGAGGUGGGGUUUCAAAUGUCUCCGGAAGGUGGUGAGUGACUCCGCUGUCCUGGCGUCGUGAGGGAGCUUGUUCCACCAUUGGGGUGCCAGAGCAGCGAACAGUUUUGACUGGGCUGAGCGGGAACUAUGCUUCCGCAGAGGAAGGGGAGCCAGCAGACCAGAGGUGGAUGAACGCAAUGCCCUCGUUUGGGUGUAGGGACUGAUCAGAGCCUGAAGGUACGGAGGUGCCGUUCCCCUCACAGCUCCAUAGGCAAGCACCAUGGUCUUGUAACGGAUGCAAGCUUCAACUGGAAGCCAGUGGAGUGUGCGGAGGAGGGGGGUGACGUGAGAGAACUUGGGAAGGUUGAACACCAGACGGGCUGCGGCAUUCUGGAUGAGUUGUAGGGGUUUAAUGGCACAGGCAGGGAGCCCAGCCAACAGCGAGUUGCAGUAAUCCAGACGGGAGAUGACAAGUGCCUGGAUUAGGACCUGUGCCGCUUCCUGUGUAAGGCAGGGUCGUACUCUCCGAAUGUUGUAGAGCAUGAACCUGCAGGAUCGGGUCACCGCCUUGAUGUUAGCGGAGAACGACAGGGUGUUGUCCAGGGUCACGCCAAGGCUCUUCGCACUCUGGGAGGAGGACACAACGGAGUUGUCAACCGUGAUGGCGAGAUCAUGGAACGGGCAGUCCUUCCCCGGGAGGAAGAGCAGCUCCGUCUUGCCAGGGUUCAGCUUGAGGUGGUGAUCCGUCAUCCAUACUGAUAUGUCUGCCAGACAUGCAGAGAUGCGAUUCGCCACCUGGUUAUCAGAAGGGGGAAAGGAGAAGAUUAGUUGUGUAUCGUCAGCGUAGCAAUGAUAGGAGAGGCCAUGUGAGGAUAUGACAGAGCCAAGUGACUUGGUGUAUAGGGAGAAAAGGAGAGGGCCUAGAACUGAGCCCUGGGGGACACCAGUGGUGAGAGCACGUGGUGCGGAGACAGCUUCUCGCCACGCCACUUGGUAGGAGCGACCGGUCAGGUAGGACGCAAUCCAGGAGUGAGCCGCGCCGGAGAUGCCCAGCUCGGAGAGGGUGGAGAGGAGGAUCUGAUGGUUCACAGUAUCAAAGGCAGCAGACAGGUCUAGAAGGACAAGAGAGAGUUAGCUUUAGCAGUGCGGAGAGCCUCCGUGACACAGAGAAGAGCAGUCUCAGUUGAAUGACCAGUCCUGAAACCUGACUGGUUUGGAUCAAGAAGGUCAUACUGAGAGAGAUAGCAAGAGAGUUGGCUAAAGACGGCACGCUCAAUAGUUUUGGAAAGAAAAGAAAGAAGGGAUAUUGGUCUGUAGUUGUUGACAUCAGUGGGAUCGAGUGUUGGUUUUUUGAGAAGGGGUGCAACUCUCGCUCUCUUGAAGACGGAAGGGACAUAGCCAGCGGUCAAGGAUGAGUUGAUCAGCGAGGUGAGGUAGGGGAGAAGGUCACCGGAGAUGGUCUGGAGAAGAGAGGAGGGGAUGGGGUCAAGCGGGCAGGUUGUUGGGCGGCCUGCAGUCACAAGUCGCAAGAUUUUAUCUGGAGAGAGAGGGGAGAAAGAAGUCAAAGCAUAGGGUAGGGCAGUGUGAGCAGGACCAGCAGUGUCAUUAGACUUAACAAACGAGGAUCGGCUGUCGUCAACCUUCUUUUCAAAGUGGUUGACGAAGUCAUCCACAGAGAGGGAGGAGGGGGGAGGAGGGGGAGGGGGAGGAGGAUUCAGCAGGGAGGAGAAGGUGGCAAAGAGCUUCCUAGGGUUAGAGGCAGAUGCUUGGAAUUUAGAGUGGUAGAAAGUGGCCUUAGCAGCAGAAACAGAUGAAGAAAAUGUAGAGAGGAGGGAGUGAAAAGAUGCCAGGUCGGCAGGGAGUUUACUUUUCUUCCAUUUCCGCUCAGCUGCCCGGAGCUCUGUUCUGUGAGCUCGCAAUGAGUCAUCAAGCCACGGAGCUGGAGGGGAGGACCGAGCCGGCCGGGAGGAUAGGGGACACAGGGAGUCAAAGGAUGCAGAAAGGGAGGAGAGGAGGGUUGAGGAGGCAGAAUCAGGAGAUUGGAGGGAGAAGGAUUGAGCAGAGGGAAGAGAUGAUAGGAUGGAAGAGGAGAGAGUAGUGGGAGAGAGAGAGCGAAGGUUGCGGCGGCGCGUUACCAUCUGUGUAGGGGCAGAGUGAGUAGUGUUGGAGGAGAGCGAGAGAGAAAAGGAUACAAAGUAGUGGUCGGAGACUUGGAGGGGAGUUGCAGUGAGAUUAGUAGAAGAACAGCAUCUAGUAAAGAUGAGGUCAAGCGUAUUGCCUGCCUUGUGAGUAGGGGGGGACGGUGAGAGGGUGAGGUCAAAAGAGGAGAGGAGUGGAAAGAAGGAGGCAGAGAGAAAUGAGUCAAAUGUAGACGUAGGGAGGUUGAAAUCCCCCAAAACUGUGAGGGGUGAGCCAUCCUCAGGAAAGGAACUUAUCAAGGCGUCAAGCUCAUUGAUGAACUCUCCAAGGGAACCUGGAGGGCGAUAGAUGACAAGGAUAUUAAGCUUAAAUGGGCUAGUGACUGUGACAGCGUGGAAUUCAAAUGAGGAGAUAGACAGAUGGGUUAGGGGAAAAUUGAGAAUGACCACUUGGGAGAGAUGAGGAUUCCUGUGCCACCACCCCUCUGACCAGAUGCUCUCGGGGUAUGCGAGAACACAUGGUCAGACGAGGAGAGAGCAGUAGGAGUAGCAGUGUUUUCAGUGGUAAUCCAUGUUUCCGUCAGCGCCAGGAAGUCGAGGGACUGGAGGGUAGCAUAGGCUGGGAUGAAGUCAGCCUUGUUGGCAGCAGAACGGCAGUUCCAGAGGCUGCCUGAGACCUGGAACUCCAGGUGUGUGGUGCGUGCAGGGACCACCAGGUUAGAGAGGCAGCAGCCACGCGGUGUGAGGCGUUUGUGUAGCCUGUGCGGAGAGGAGAGAACAGGGAUAGGCAGAGGCAUAGUUGACAGGCUGUAGCAGAUGGCUACAAUAAUGCAGAGGAGAUCGGAAUGAAAUGAACUAAACAUCUGGGAAAGGAGAGAGCAGGGCCUCCCUCACCAAAAAAAAAUAUAACUCUCCCAACUUCCACCUCAGAAACUAUAAUUGUUUCACUGAACCACCCGAAUAAAACUCUCCCAACUUCCACUUUAGAAAUUAGAAUUGUUGUAAACUACAGCGGUUCAAUGUUUCAAGGAAUAGACUCAACUUACUUUAUUCAGCUAACUAGCAUGCUAGCAUCCAAUAACACACAGUUUAGCACCAAUACUUGGUUACAACAAACUACCAAUAGUGUGUUAACACACUAAACAGAUAAUUCGUGUCCGUGUGUCUAGUUCUUUCAUAACGCAGCAAUAAAUAAAUGUUGGCUAGCUAGCACAAAGAUAUUGUAUUUAGCUACUACAGUACAGCUAGCUGGCAGUGUUGGCUAGCUAGCAAUGGCCGCUGUGCUGACCCUGCUUGAAAAACGGCGUCGCUGCGAACGAACGUAGCUGGCCAAAAGGACACCGUACCUAGUUGCUACCGUUGCUAAUAGCUACUCGCCAGCCAGUCAGGAGGUGAGUUAGCCAGCUAGCUUCGUGCCACACCCGGCACCGCCGAAUACAGAAGUAACCUACAAUAACUACAUACAACAACUACCCACAACAACCCACGAUGCCCAGCUACAAUACCCAACUACAAUCCAAAUACAUAGUUUAAGCCCUACUCGACAAAGCCCAAGCUAUGCAUAAAGCCAAACUUACCCGACGCCAGCUGUCUGGGUGGUUUUCUGCAAUCAGUAGCUGUAAUUAAGUACACUAGCUACUAACUACCUAACGUUAAUGCUUCAGAUAAUGAGGUUAGAAAAACAGCUGAAUGGUAGGUAGCUAGCUGGCUUAAUUACAGGUACUCUUAAGCGUGAAAUAACAUUGGAAACAACUAUCCACCGUUGCUAAAAGUUACCAGUAGCUACCCGCUAGGUUAGCUAGCCUCGUGCUUCACCGGGCUAACUCGAAUACAAUACUUACCUACAAUAAUUACCUAUAAUUACCUACAAUAACUACCUAAAUAAACUACCUACAAUAUCUAACUACAAUACCUACCUACAAUCUAAAUACAUGGUUUAAGCUUAACUCAACACCAUAUAAGAAGCCAAGCUUACCUCCUGCUAGAGAAAACACAACCUCACCCGACGUAGUCCCCUGGCGUGACGUUUUGAUAACCAUGUAAAUCUCGCCUGUAUUUACCCCCCAAUAUGAAAUGCUAAUGUGGCUAUCAUAAAUACUACAAAUGCCAUGAUGAUCUGGACGAGACUGCCGAAUCGAGGCAAAGGUAAGAAUCUCUGGAUUAACUAUCUAAUGUUAGCUACAUUUAGUAAUGAAUAAAUUGGCUACAUUUCUUUAAAUUGACAAUUCUGUGAGCUAUCUUGUGCAAGUUUUAAAUUGACACAAUACCUGUUAGCAAAGGUGUCAGCUAGAGAUGACGUGCAAGAGCUUGCAGGGAUUUGUAGCCUUGCAUGAUGUCUACUUUGAUGCUAAUUAGCAUUUUAGAAUCUGAGAGUAAAUAGAGCCGAAUAUAUUGAUAAAAGUAACUUUGUCCGAGAGAUAUUUACACGGUUAUCAAAACGUCACAUCAGGGUAAGCCUACAUGAAACAAAGCCCUUAUUUUAAGUGUUUAUAAAAUUCGCUAUGGGAAAAAUGAAUGGUGGAAAAACAAUUGGAACCAUUUCACUGUUUGACUGCUAGGUUUGAUGGUUAAUUUGUAUUUUGGUAUAAAUUAGGAUCCCCAUUAGCCGCUGCAAAAGCAUCAGCUACUAUUCCUGGGGUCCACAUGAAACAUGACAUAAUGUGUAGUACAAAACAUUAUUAGUCAAGGACUGAAAUACAUAAAUUUAAAACACCACACAUAGCCUACAUAUCAGAACAUACACACAAUAUCUAGGUCUAAUACAUAGUACAGUGCAAAUUACAAUACAAUAUACUUAUAUGAAAUGGCUGUGUCUCUUCACAGUCCCCUUUGUGCAGUAAGGUGUUCUUUUAUCUGUUUUUUUAAACUGGUUUUAUUGCUAGCUUGAGUUACCUGGGGUGGCAGAGAGUUCCAUGUAGUCAUGGCUCUAUUUAAUACUGUGCGUUUCCCAGCCUCUGUUCAAUAUUAGGCCGUUUUUAAGGACAUGUACUGUAACUGUGGAUCAUUUGGCCAAUAUUGCUUGUUUAUUGAUGGCGCUGCCCAGUCGGGGGUUUCUUGAUCUCUCUCUUUCUACUUUCGGAUCUGAACGGGUCUCUCGUAUCCUAACCGGCACGGUCUGUUUGGGUCCGUUUUUCCACUGACCUUUUCAAAACGGGUCUGAUUGUCCUCGGGUCCAUUCGGAACAGGUCUCCGUUUUUUGUUAUUUUGUUAUUUAUGCAUAUCUGGUCAGGUGGGAAAGCCAUGUAUCCAUUUCGGACGGAUUCAACUAACGCACACACACACUCAGUCAUGAGCCACCCACUUUAUCUCCUUCCCUCUAACACAUUAUAACUCACACACACUAAUGUUGAUAUGAGGAUGUGUUCUUGUAGCUAGAUCCUCUCUGGUUAAUUUAACAAAUGCAAAAGCCAAGUAGAAAAAGGCUCAAUGGGAUGAUAGCUAGUAGCAUAACAAAGAUAGUCAAUGGCAGUAAAAUGAUGAAUAGGUGGCUGACUUUGUGAAUUAAGAGAUAGCAGACAGUCAUAACAGCUUUUAUCAGGCAGUCUUCUCCAACUUCAUAAGUAGUGAUCAUGUCCUUUUACUGCACUGUCUCCUUCCUGCCUCGCACAGAGCCUGGGCUACAUGAGAAGGAGCAAAUGAGAUUUGAACCGUCUCAACUGUCAUUAACCAUUAUGUUGUGCUGAGAGUCCAUCGGAAGCACUUUAGAGUGAGGCUCUUAGCUUACUGUAAGUCAUGCUGCUGGAUGGCUGGAGGAUGGCAUGACACAAGGGCUUGAUGCUUUUGUACUUAGCAGGAUUCAGGAAUCAACAACACAGAGAGAACUAUUAAACAAAAUGGUGUUGGGAGUGGGACAUAGGCGAGUGGCUCUGUAGAACUGUGCUGUAGUGAAGGGAGGUACUGGGUUGUGUUCAGUAGGCAUAUAUAACUUUUUUUAUUGAACAUACUCAGGUAGUAUCUCUUCUGUUUCAAAAAGCGUUCUCCCGCUGCGUGCCUACUGAACACGACCCUGUGGUUGCAGUGAUGUGGUAUUUUGGUUCUAGUACCAUCAGAGGUCGUAUAGAAAGUACUAGAUUGUAGGCUACUAGUUAUAGUGGAAAUGGUAGAACUGACCUGUUAGAGCAGAUGUCACUAUACAGGGGUGCGUGCGUUUGAAUUAUGUAUGUUACUGUUUCUUCCCCCGACAGGCAGAGUAUGAGGUCAGUCCAGAUGAGAAGAGGAGGGAGUGUGCUCAGGAGCUCCUAGACAAGUACUUCAACCCAGAGGUACAGUAGAAAAACCCCUAUUUUCAGCCAAUGAGUGAAUUGAUGUCAAAUAUUCAAUAAUGGUGAAGUGUGGUUUCCCGGACCCAGAUUAAACCUAUUCAUUGACAAAAAAUCUAUUUCAAUUAAGAUACUCCAUCGAGCAUGCUUUUUAAUUCAGGAGAGGGCUUAAUCUGGGCCUAUUAUGUAAUAUAUAUACAGUGGGGAGAACAAGUAUUUGAUACACUGCCGAUUUUGCAGGUUUUCCUACUUACAAAGCAUGUAGAGGUCUGUAAUUUUUAUCAUAGGUACACUUCAACUGUGAGAGACGGAUUCUAAAACAAAAAUCCAGAAAAUCACAUUGUAUGAUUUUUAAGUAAUUAAUGUGCAUUCUAUUGCAUGACAUAAGUAUUUGAUACAUCAGAAAAGCAGAACUUAAUAUUUGGUACAGAAUCCUUUGUUUGCAAUUACAGAGAUCAUACGUUUCCUGUAGGUCUUGCACACACUGCAGCAGGGAUUUUGGCCCACUCCUCCAUACAGACCUUCUCCAGAUCCUUCAGGUUUCGGGGCUGUCGCUAGGCAAUACGGACUUUCAGCUCCCUCCAAAGAUUUUCUAUUGGGUUCAGGUCUGGAGACUGGCUAGGCCACUCCAGGACCUUGAGAUGCUUCUUACGGAGCCACUCCUUAGUUGCCCUGGCUGUGUGUUUCGGGUCGUUGUCAUGCUGGAAGACCCAGCCACGACCCAUCUUCAAUGCUCUUACUGAGGGAAGGAGGUUGUUGGCCAAGAUCUUGCGAUACAUGGCCCCAUCCAUCCUCCCCUCAAUACGGUGCAGUCGUCCUGUCCCCUUUACAGAAGAGCAUCCCCAAAGAAUGAUGUUUCCACCUCCAUGCUUCACGGUUGGGAUGGUGUUCUUGGGGUUGUACUCAUCCUUCUUCUUCCUCCAAACACGGCGAGUGGAGUUUAGACCAAAAAGCUCCACAUGACCUUCUCCCAUUCCUCCUCUGGAUCAUCCAGAUGGUCAUUGGCAAACUUCAGACGGGCCUGGACAUGCGCUGGCUUGAGCAGGGGGACCUUGCGUGCGCUGCAGGAUUUUAAUCCAUGAUGGCGUAGUGUUACUAAUGGUUUUCUUUGAGACUGUGGUCCCAGCUCUCUUCAGGUCAUUGACCAAGUCCUGCCGUGUAGUUCUGGGCUGAUCCCUCACCUUCCUCCUCAUGAUCAUUGAUGCCCCACGAGGUGAGAUCUUGCAUGGAGCCCCAGACCGAGGGAGAUUGACCGUCAUCUUGAAAUUCUUCCAUUUUCUAAUAAUUGCGCCAACAGUUGUUGCCUUCUCACCAAGCUGCUUGCCUAUUGUCCUGUAGCCCAUCCCAGCCUUGUGCAGGUCUACAAUUUUAUCCCUGAUGUCCUUACACAGCUCUCUGGUCUUGGCCAUUGUGGAGAGGUUGGAGUCUGUUUGAUUGAGUGUGUGGACAGGUGUCUUUUAUACAGGUAACGAGUUCAAACAGGUGCAGUUAAUAAAGGUAAUGAGUAGAGAACAGGAGGGCUUCUUAAAGAAAAACGAACAGGUCUGUGAGAGCCGGAAUUCUUACUGGUUGGUAGGUGAUCAAAUACUUAUGUCAUGCAAUAAAAUGCAAAUGAAUUACUUAAAAAUCAUACGAUGUGAUUUUCUGGAUUUUUGUUGAAAUCACAGUUGAAAUGUACCUAUGAUAAAAAUUACAGACCUCUACAUGCUUUGUAAGUAGGAAAACAUGCAAAAUCGGCAGUGUAUCAAAUACUUGUUCCCCCCACUGUAUAUAUAUAUACAGUGAGGGAAAAAAAGUAUUUGAUCCCCUGCUGAUUUUGUACGUUUGCCCACUGACAAAGACAUGAUCAGUCUAUAAUUUUAAUGGUAGGUUUAUUUGAACAGUGAGAGACAGAAUAACAAGAACAAAAUCCAGAAAAGCGCAUGUCAAAAUUGUUAUAAAUUGAUUUGCAUUUUAAUGAGUGAAAUAAGUAUUUGACCCCCUCUCAAUCAGAAAGAUUUCUGGCUCCCAGGUGUCUUUUAUACAGGUAACGAGCUGAGAUUAGGAGCACGCGCUUAGGAGUGCUCCUAAUCUCAGCUUUUUACCUGUAUAAAAGACACCUGUCCACAGAAGCAAUCAAUCAAUCAGAUUACAAACUCUCCACCAUGGCCAAGACCAAAGAGCUCUCCAAGGAUGUCAGGGACAAGAUUGUAGACCUACACAAGGCUGGAAUGGGCUACAAGACCAUCGCCAAGCAGCUUGGUGAGAAGGUGACAACAGUUGGUGCGAUUAUUCGCAAAUGGAAGAAACACAAAAUAACUGUCAAUCUCCCUCGGCCUGGGGCUCCAUGCAAGAUCUCACCUCGUGGAGUUGCAAUGAUCAUGAGAACGGUGAGGAAUCAGCCCAGAACUACACGGGAGGAUCUUGUCAAUGAUCUCAAGGCAGCUGGGACCAUAGUCACCAAGAAAACAAUUGGUAACACACUACGCCGUGAAGGACUGAAAUCCUGCAGCGCCCGCAAAUUUUCCCCCUGCUCAAGAAAGCACAUAUACAGGGCCAUCUGAAGUUUGCCAAUGAACAUCUGAAUGAUUCAGAGGAGAACUGGGUGAAAGUGUUGUGGUCAGAUGAGACCAAAAUCGAGCUCUUUGGCAUCAACUCAACUCGCCGUGUUUGGAGGAGGAGGAAUGCUGCCUAUGACCCCAAGAACACCAUCCCCACCGUCAAACAUGGAGGUGGAAACAUUAUGCUUUGGGGGUGUUUUUCUGCUAAGGGGACAGGACAACUUCACUGCAUCAAAGGGACGAUGGACGGGCCCAUGUACCAUCAAAUAUUGGGUGAGAACCUCCUUCCCUCAGCCAGGGCAUUGAAAAUGGGUCGUAAAUGGGUAUUCCAGCAUGACAAUGACCCAAAACACACGGCCAAGGCAACAAAGGAGUGGCUCAAGAAGUAGCACAUUAAGGUCCUGGAGUGGCCUAGCCAGUCUCCAGACCUUAAUCCCAUAGACAAUCUGUGGAGGGAGCUGAAGGUUUGAGUUGCCAAACGUCAGGCUCAAAACCUUAAUGACUUGGAGAAGAUCUGCAAAGAGGAGUGGAACAAAAUCCCUCCUGAGAUGUGUGCAAACCUGGUGGCCAACUACAAGAAACCUCUGUGAUUGCCAACAAGGGUUUUGCCACCAAGUACUAAGUCAUGUUUUGCAGAGGGGUCAAAUACUUAUUUUCCUAAUUAAAAUGAAAAUCUAUUUAUAACAUUUUUGACAUGCGUUUUUCUGGAUUUUGUUGUUGUUAUUCUGUCUCUCACUGUUCAAAUAAACCUACCAUUAAAAUUAUAGACUGAUCAUGUCUUUGUCAGUGGGCAAACGUACAAAAUCAGCAGGGGAUCAAAUACUUUUAUCCCUCACUGUGUGUAUAUAUAUAUAUAUGUAUAUGUAUAUGUGUGUGUGUGAAAUUAGCGUUGUAUUGUGUUCCAUCCCCCUCUAGUCAGAGGAUCAUGUCCCGGAGUUGGGGGAGGAAAUGAUGGGUCAGUUUACAGAGAGGCUGGAGCAGGAGCAGGAGCCCUGUAAAGAACUCUUCAACGAGUGCACCAAGUGAGUCUGUUAACACAGAAACCCAGUCACAGAGAAUACACUAACAUCAGUACUUACUUAGCAUAUGGGAGAUAUUCAAGAUUGGAAAAUGUAGAUUUUAUAUGAUCAUUACACCAUUAUUCAACAAAGGAAGUCAGUUUAAGAAUAAAGGGUCAUUUUCAGCGAUGAAAUGUGCCCAGAGGCAGAAUUUCAGAGUUUUCCUUUAAAUUGUCUCCUGCAUUAUGCAACAUCCUGUGAACAGUUGUUCACACUUGUUGUAUGGGCGUGUCAACAGCAUUGAGGGUAUGUGGCUGCUGAUGACAUUUUUUCAAAUCAAUCACCCCUAGCCACUUCAAUCACCCGCCAUUCCGUUCAGCAACAUUUAUAUUCUAGAACUUUCUCACAACUGUUCCAACAACAUUACAGCCCUGAACAGACUCUUUCUGUCAUUCCUCCUUCUGGUUGGGGUUAAUUAAUGUUUAGCUGUGAACUGAUGUUUGGGGAAUAGUAGACAGAGAGAUGGGCCCAUGGCAUAGCAGCAACACCCACCCGUAGUAUGCGCUCCAGCAGGUAUAUCUCACUGGUCAUCCCCAAAGCCAACACCUCCUUUGGCCGCCAUUCCUUCCAGUUCUCUGCUGCCAAUGACUGGAACAAAUUGCAAAAAUCUCUGUUCUGUCCUCUGUUGCAGACUGAUCCAUGACUACCUGAGUGUGGCUCCCUUCGCAGACUACCUCGACAGCAUGUACUAUAACCGAUUCCUGCAGUGGAAGUGGCUGGAGAGGUAUGGUAGCCUACUAGUUUAACUUUAAAUCAAAAAGCGAAAAUGGCAAAUACUCACACACCCUUUUGCUGCUUCCCACACUUAUGAGCACACAGACACAUACACACGCACACACACACACACACACACACACACACACACACACGCACAAAACCCCACCACAGCACAAGUGAUUACAUGUUACAGAAACUUCACACCGCCUCCAAAGUAUCCUCCUAGUCACCUGUACUCCACUACUCUCAGUGGGGCUGUGUCUUUGAUAUGCUCUGCUGUUAAUUCUCCUAUUGAUGUGGUUUAUAUAUAUAUUACCGGCUCUCAAGGUUUCCUCUUAUCUAGAAAGUUAUUCGUAUCAACUGUUCCUCUAUUUGGUCUCAUGGGUUUUUAGGCCGGGUUACCGUUAAGCGCUUUGUGACAAAGGUUUUUGUUAAAAGCUCUAAACAACGCACAUACAAUGUUAUGAAGCUAUUGAUAGUGUUCAGGAUAGUAUCAUGGUGAUGUAUUGUAAAACCUACACUUUUGGUUUUGUUCACAUCCAUACUCAUGCUUCAAAUCAAAUCAAGCUUUAUUUAUACAGCACAUCUCAGACAUGGAAUGCAACACAAUGUGCUUAAAUUUUUUUUUUAAUGUCAUACACAAUUAACAUAAGAGGAUAAAAAAGCGAAAGAAUAACAAUAGAAACUGAAAGACUAAAAAGCACCCUAAGCAAAAAUAAAAGGUGUGUUUUAAGAUCUCAUUUAAAUAUGUCCACAGUUUCAGCCCCCCUCAGGUUCUCUGGCAGGCUAUUCCAGAGGCUGGGGGCAUAAUAACUAAAGGCUGCCUCUCCAUACCUCUUGGUCCUCGGCUUUGGGAUAGUUAAAAGGCCAGUGCCAGAGGACCUGAGGGACCUACUGGGUACAUAACUUAAAAGCAUCUCUGACAUGUAUUGCGGUGCACAAUCGUGGAUUGAUUUAAAAACCAAUAGCAGAAUCUUGAAAUUAAUUCUAAAACUCACAGGCAGCCAGUGCAUAGAACUUAAAACCGGUGUAAUGUGUGCUCUCUGUCUGGUCCUACAGUGGCUUGUGAAAAUAUUCACCCCCUUGGCAUUUUUCCUAUUUUGUUGCCUUACAACCUGGAAUUUUGGGGGGGUUUAUAUCAUUUGAUUUACACAACAUGCCUACCACUUUGAAGAUGCAAAAACAAGAAAUAAGACAAAAAAAACAGAACUUGAGCGUGCAUAACUCUUCACACCCCAUCCCCCCCCCGCCCGCCCCCCACCCAAAGUCAAUACUUUGUAGAGCCACCUUUUGCUGCAAUUACAGCUGCACGUCUCUUGGGGUAUGUCUCUAUAAGCUUGGCACAUCUAGCCACUGGGAUUUUUGCCCAUUCUUCAAGGCAAAAUUGCUCCAGCUCCUUCAAGUUGGAUGGGUUCCGCUGGUGUACAGCAAUCUUUAAGUCAUACCACAGAUUCUCAAUUGGAUUGAGGUCUGGGGUUUGACUAGGCCAUUCCAAGACAUUUAAAUGUUUCCCCUUAAACCACUCGAGUGUUGCUUUAGCAGUAUGCUUAGGGUCAUUGUCCUGCUGGAAGGUGAACCUCCGUCCCAGUCUCAAAUCUCUGGAAGACUGAAACAGGUUUCCCUCAAGAAUUUCCCUGUAUUUAGCGCCUUCCAGUCCCUGCCGAUGGGAAAAACAUCCCCACAGCAUGAUGCUGCCACCACCAUGCUUCACUGUGGGGAUGGUGUUCUCGGGGUGAUGAGAGGUGUUGGGUUUGCGCCAGACAUAGCAUUUUCCUUGAUGGCCAAAAAGCUCAAUUUUAGUCUCAUCUGACCAGAGUACCUUCUUCCAUAUUUUUGGGGAGUCUCCCACAUGCCUUUUGGCGGACACCAAACGUGUUUGCUUAUUUUUUUCUUUAAGCAAUGGUUUUUUUCUGGCCACUCUUCCGUAAAGCCCAGCUCUGUGGAGUGUACGGCUUAAAGUGGUCCUAUGGACAGAUACUCCAAUCUCCGUUGUGGAACUUUGCAGCUCCUUCAGGGUUAUCUUUGGUAUUUUUGUUGCCUCUCUGAUUAAUGCCCUCCUUGCCUGGUCCGUGAGUUUUGGUUUGUUGUGGUGCCAUAUUCUUUAAAUUUUUUAAUAAUGGUGCUCCAUGGGAUGUUCAAAGUUUCUGAUAUUUUUUUAUAACCCAACCCUGAUCUGUACUUCUCCACAACUUUGUCCCUGACCUGUUUGGAGAGCUCCUUGGUCUUCAUGGUGCCACUUGCUUGGUGGUGCCCCUUGCUUAGUGGUGUUGCAGACUCUGGGGCCUUUCAGAACAGGUGUGUAUAUAUACAGUGGGGAGAACAAGUAUUUGAUACACUGCCGAUUUUGCAGGUUUUCCUACUUACAAAGCAUGUAGAGGUCUGUAAUUGUUAUCAUAGGUACACUUCAACUGUGAGAGACUGAAUCUAAAACAAAAAUCCAGAAAAUCACAUUGUAUGAUUUUUAAGUAAUUAAUUUGCAUUUUAUUGCAUGACAUAAGUAUUUGAUACAUCAGAAAAGCAGAACUUUAUAUUUGGUACAGACACCUUUGUUUGCUAUUACAGAGAUCAUACGUUUCCUGUAGGUCUUGACCAGGUUUGCACACACUGCAGCAGGGAUUUUGGCCCACUCCUCCAUACAGACCUUCUCCAGAUCCUUCAGGUUUCGUGGCUGUCGCUGGGCAAUAUGGACUUUCAGCUCCCUCCAAAGAUGUUCUAUUGGGUUCAGGUCUGGAGACUGGCUAGGCCACUCCAGGACCUUGAGAUGCUUCUUACAGAGCCACUCCUUAGUUGCCCUGGCUGUGUGUUUCGGGUCGUUGUCAUGCUGGAAGACCCAGCCACGACCCAUCUUCAAUGCUCUUACUGAGGGAAGGAGGUUGUUGGCCAAGAUCUCGCGAUACAUGGCCCCAUCCAUCCUCCCCUCAAUACGGUGCAGUCGUCCUGUCCCCUUUGCAGAAAAGCAUCCCCAAAGAAUGAUGUUUCCACCUCCAUGCUUCACGGUUGGGAUGGUGUUCUUGGGGUUGUACUCAUCCUUCUUCUUCCUCCAAACACGGCGAGUGGAGUUUAGACCAAAAAGCUCUAUUUUUGUCUCAUCAGACCACAUGACCUUCUCCCAUUCCUCCUCUGGAUCAUCCAGAUGGUCAUUGGCAAACUUCAGACGGGCCUGGACAUGCGCUGGCUUGAGCAGGGGGACCUUGCAUUCGCUGCAGGAUUUUAAUCCAUGACGGCGUAGUGUGUUACUAAUGGUUUUCUUUGAGACUGUGGUCCCAGCUCUCUUCAGGUCAUUGACCAGGUCCUGCCAUGUAGUUCUGGGCUGAUCCCUCACCUUCCUCAUGAUCAUUGAUGCCACACGAGGGGAGAUCUUGCAUGGAGCCCCAGACCGAGGGUGAUUGACUGUCAUCUUGAACUUCUUCCAUUUUCUAAUAAUUGUGCCAACAGUUGUUGCCUUCUCACCAAGCUGCUUGCCUAUUGUCCUGUAGCCCAUCCCAGCCUUGUGCAGGUCUACAAUUUUAUCACUGAUGUCCUUACACAGCUCUCUGGUCUUGGCCACUGUGGAGAGGUUGGAGUCUGUUUGAUUGAGUGUGUGGACAGGUGUCUUUUAUACAGGUAAAGAGUUCAAACAGGUGCAGUUAAUACAGGUAAUGAGUGGAGAACAGGAGGGCUUCUUAAAGAAAAACUAACAGGUCUGUGAGAGCCGGAAUUCUUACUGGUUGGGAGGUGAUCAAAUACUUAUGUCAUGCAAUAAAAUGCAAAUUAAUUACUUAAAGAACAUACAGUGUGAUUUUCCGGAUUUUUGUUUUAGAUUCCGUCUCUCACAGUUGAAGUGUACCUAGGAUAAAAAUUACAGACCUCUACAUGCUUUGUAAGUAGGAAAACCUGCAAAAUCGGCAGUGUAUCAAAUACUUGUUCUCCCCACUGUAUACUGAGAUCAUGUGGCACUUAGAUUGCACACAGGUGGACUUAACUAAUUAUGUGACUUCUGAAGGUAAUUGGUUGCACCAGAUCUUAUUUAGGCGCUUCAUAGCAAAGGGGGUGAAUACAUAUGCACGCCCCACUAUUUAUUUAUUUUAUAGAAUUUUUUGAAACAAGUUUUUUUUUUUCAUUUCACUUCACCAAUUUGAACUAUUUUGUGUAUGUCCAUUACAUGAAAUCCAAAUAAAAAUCCAUUUAAAUUACAGGUUGUAAUGCAACAAAAUAGGAAAAAAACGCCAAGGGGGAUGACAACAUUUAAAGACCUUUAGCCCAGAAGGCCUAUCAUACAUGGAAUGCAAAUGAGUACUUUGGGGAACAAAUGUAUUUAUUUAAAUACGUGAGCCCCGGUCUCUAUAUUUAUUUACAUUAGGAAACAGAACAUGUCUCCACUCACCAGCCUAGCAGAGAGGCAAGGCUUGUGCAAUGCCCUUCCCAUAAUAGUCAUAGAUUUAAGAGAAGUUUACCCACACUCUUUCAUCACUUUGGUUGUUUCCCAAAUGGCACCUUUAGUGCACUACUUUUGACCAGGGCCCAUAGAGUUCUGGUCAAAAGUAGUGCACUAUGUAGGGAAUAGAGUGUCAUUUGGGACGCAGCCUUUGACUCACAGUAAAUAUGCCAACACUUGUUAAAGGCCUUAAGAAUGUUGUCUCAUCUUGUCUUUGGUGCUGGGCCAAACUCAAGUAUAUACAUAAUAGACAAGGGUUUUAUUCCCCCUAUUGCUUUCAUUUGACCGGAUAGUGUUUUUAAAGCAAACACUUUGUAAAAGUGCAAUGGUCAAGCCGUUUACUUACAAAGUCAGAUGUGUAUGUUCCUGUGCAUUGCUGCUGUACAGUCAGUGUAUGUCCAUAAAGUUGAGCAAAUUUCCCCACGUUGGACAAUUAAAGUUGUGGUGUUUUUUAUUGUAUUGACCCUCUUCUCUGUGUCCUCAUAGGCAGCCAGUCACCAAGAACACAUUCCGACAGUACAGGGUAUUAGGAAAGGGAGGCUUUGGUGAGGUAAGGACUCUCUCUGUUUCUCUCUUUAACUAAAGCAUCCUUUCAUUUAGAAUGAGAUUUUAGAAGUGGAUAAUGAGAAAUAAAGUGGAGUCUCUUAUAAUCUUCAUCAACUUGUAAAUGAUCAACGAGGUCCAACAAGGAUCUCAGUCUGGAUGUAAUUUGAUGGGCCUAUAAAAUGAUAAACUGUGUGUUUGGGAAAUAACUGCCAUUAACUGGUGUCCUCUUGUGCUCUCCUCUCCUCGCUCUGUCCCUCUCUCUCUCUCUCUCUCUCUCUCUCUCACAUCCACUCUUCUCGUCAGGUGUGUGCUUGCCAGGUGCGAGCCACAGGAAAGAUGUACGCGUGUAAGAAGUUGGAGAAGAAGAGGAUUAAGAAGAGGAAAGGAGAGUCUAUGGCCUUGAACGAGAAGCAGAUUCUAGAGAAAGUCAACAGUAGGUUUGUAGUAAGUAUUCGAGCUACCUACUUACCGCCUACUAUGUGUCACGUAUGUAUAAGAUAUGCACUGUAUGUAGGGCUGUGCGAUAUAUCAAAUUAUUUUGAUUCAUUCAAAUGUAUGUUUUAGCGCAUUGUUCCGAAUGCCUUUAUCGCAACAUGUAAAGAUCAUGCUGUUUAAUCAGCUUCUUGAUAUGCCACACCUGUCAGGUGGAUGGAUUAUCUUGGCAAAGGAGAAAUGCUCACUAACAGGGAUGUAAACAAAUUUGUGCACAAAAUUGGAGAUAAAUACUUUUUUGGUGUGGAUGGAACAUUUCUGUGAUCUUUUAUUUCAGCUCAUAAAACAUGGGACCAACACUUUACAUGUUGUGUUUAUAUUUUUGUUCAGUAUAUUUUGAUAAAAUAAUGUAGUUAUUAGUAGGUCUUGUGGUUGUGGAAGGCUUAUAUUUAGCCUAGGUAUAAUUUUACAAGCCCUGAUUAGAUUACAUUAUGUUAUUCCUGACUGUUUGAAAUGCAGUGUAUUGUCCUUUAAUUUUGCAACAAAGCUUAUUUAGAGAAAACGUGAAAAUAUAUAUAUAUCGAGAUAGGAUUUUUAGGCCAUAUCGCCCAGCCCUACCGGUAUGAACAGUAUAUGUAAUAUAUUUAAUGUAUACAGUAUAUGAACUACAUUCAUAUAUUGUGAUGCACCACUUACUCAUAUUUCCACCAAAGAUGUCAAGAUGUCUGAACUCAACGAAUUCAACUGUUGACCGCAACUCAACUGUUGACCACAACUCAACUGUUGACCGCAGCAUAAACACUUUUGACCAGUUGAGUCUAGAUGGCUCUUCCAGACGACUGUGUGAUAGCUCAGAUCAGAUCGUAAUAAUAAUAACACUAGUAAUUAAAAGAUAACAUUAGGGUUUGGUUCAGUGGGGUUUGUUUUAAUUUCAAGUGACCCCACACAACCCAGUUUAGACUUAUUUUAUUUGGACAUCCAUCAGUCGGUGAUCCAAUGUUCGGGCCAAAAGUGGUCUUAGAUGUUCAUUCUGUUUCCCGCUCCUCUCCUUCUCCUACCUCCAUAGCUUUCUAUCUUGUGUAUAAAGUAGUAGGAGUAUGAUUUUCAAAGCGGUCUCUAAGCCCAGGGUCGUAUUCAUGUUGUGAAGUGAUUUGCAACAAAAGAAGAAAACAAGCGCUUCUUAUUGGACAAGUUCAGGUAGUCCCUCCCUGUUUUAAGUCUGUUUUGUUUUAUUUAGUUUGGUACCUAAUGAAUAUGACCGUGUUGUCUAUGUCUCAUGGAGGUGAGUCUAGCGUACGCCUAUGAGACGAAGGACGCUCUGUGUCUGGUGCUCACCCUGAUGAAUGGGGGAGACCUCAAGUUCCACAUCUACCACAUGGGAGAGGCUGGCUUCGAGGAGAAGAGGGCUGUGUUCUACUCUGCAGAGCUGGCCUGUGGCCUGGAGGACCUGCACCGAGAGAGGAUCGUCUACAGGUGAGUAUGCACACAUAGUCUUUCACACACACACACACAAACACACACACACACACAAAGGCACGCACACACACACAAAGGCACGCAUGUAUACAGAUGGAGAGCUUAUCAAAGUUUUGUAAAUCUGUCUCUCAGCUGCUCACAAGGCUGUUGGAGACGAUAGAAGUUAGUUCUUGGUUUCAUUUCUCUCUUCUUUCAGGGACCUGAAGCCUGAAAAUAUACUAUUGGACGACCAUGGUGAGUAGAGAGAGCAAUAAUGUGAAUGCCCACUUGUAUGCAAGUAAAUGCAUGUUUUAAUGGACCAGCCCUGGUCUUGGAGACCAACCAUGGUCCUGGAACAAUAGCCUGCACACAUUGUUGUUCCAGCUGAGCACUACUUUAAAACACUUGAUUCAACUAAUCAAGGUCUUGAUGAUUAAUUGAUUAAUAGAUCUGAUGUGUUAGUGAUGGGCUGGAACAAAAGCCUGCACAUACUCUGUAGCUCUCCGUAGCCAGACUUUACUGCUUGUGUGAACCAAGGCUGUCAUUCUGUUAUUCACCAAUAGAGGGAGCAGAUUGUCUAUGAAAAGACUUGUCUCAAAGACGGGUGCUCCUGCUUUCUCAAGGUUGUCAGUGAAGCCUGCGACCACUGAAUGGUGCUCUUUAGCAAAACAACAUAGAUAAGGUUUCCACAGUACAUGGCUUUCAUGAACUCUGCUUUGACCAAAGGAAGCCCUCUAUUGAUAUACAUAGUCUCUUGUCCAGACUCCAGACUGGAGAUAGCCUGUCAAAUGACAUCGGAUUGAGGGGUAUUCUAUGUAAUACUGUAUGUGUCUUGUUGUGUUGCAUCGUGAUUGGCCGUAUCCGGCGAUCUCAUAUGACAUAAGGUUAAAUGUUCCAGCAUUAAGUGGUUUAGGCUAUUAGUCUACUGUAUCUGAUGUGUUCUGUCGUGCUAUAGGCCAUAUCCGGAUAUCUCACAUCGUCUGUGGGGAUAGCAUGUCAAAUGACAUAAGGUUAACUGUUCCAGCAUUAGGCGGUGUACUGUAACACAGUUUGUGUUGUGUUCCUUUAGGCCAUAUCCGGAUAUCAGACCUGGGCUUGGCUGUCCACGUGCCCGAGGGAGAGACCAUCAAGGGUCGGGUGGGCACCGUUGGGUACAUGGGUAAGCACAUUCAACAAAAGAUAUUCCACAAAAAAAUUUCAGAUACUGUUCCUGUACUGUAUAAUGAACAGUACCAAUAUACACUGAACAAAAAAUAUAAACACAACAUGUAAAGUGUUGGUCCCAUGUUUCAUGAGCUGAAAUAAAAAAUCCCUGACAUUUUCCAUACGCACAAAAACCUUAUUUCGCUCAAAUGUUGUGCACAAAUUUGUUUACAUCCCUGUUAGUGAGCAUUUCUCCAUUGCCAAGAUAAUCCAUCCACCUGACAGGUGUGGCAUAUCAAGAAGCUGAUCAAACAGCAUGAUCAUUACACAGGUGCACCUUGUGCUGGGGACAAUAAAAGGCCACUUUAAAAUGUGCAGUUUUGUGGCACAACACAAUGCCACAGAUGUCUCAAGUUUUGAGGGAGUGUGCAAUUGGCAUGCUGACUGCAGGAAUGUCCGCUGUUGCCAGAGAAUUGAAUGUUCAUUUCUCUACCAUAAGCUGCCUCCAAUGUCGUUUUAGAGAAUUUGGCAGUACGUCCAACCAGCCUCAUGUUGCCAUGCCAGCCCUUGAUCUCCACAUCCGGCUUCUUAACCUGUAAUAAGCCCUUCUGUGGGGAAAAACUAAUUCUGAUUGGCUGGGCCUGGCUCCACAGUGGUAGGGCCUGGCUGCCAAGUGGGUGGGCAUUUGCCCUCCCAUGGCUGCACCCCUGCCCAGUCAUGUGAAAUCCAUAGAUUAGGGCCUAAUGAAUUUAUUUCAAUUGACUGAUUUCCUUAUAUGAACUGUAACUCAGUAAAAUCUUUGAAAUUGUUGCAUGUUGCAGUUAUAUUUUUGUUCAGUAUAAAUGAACAACAAAAUUCAUAAAGUCCUCAUAAGUACUACGUAAAUGGUUCUAAAAUUAUUUGUAGUCAUGUGUCUGUGUGCAUGUCAUCCUAAUGUGUGUGUCAGCUCCUGAGGUGGUUAAGAAUGAGCGCUACACAUUCAGCCCAGACUGGUGGGCGCUGGGCUGUCUGCUGUAUGAGAUGAUCGAGGGACAGUCUCCCUUCCAGCAGCGCAAGAAGAAGAUCAAACGUGAGGACGUGGAGAGGCUGGUCAGAGACGUGGAAGAGGAGUACUCAGACAAGUUCUCAGAGGACACCAAGUCCCUCUGCAAAAGGGUAACUGACUACAGUACCUCUUCAUAUUAUCAACAACAUAAGAUCAUGCUUUAUCUGUUGGCACAGGCAUUUGCAUAUCAAAAUAUAUCUUUAUAGUAGUGACUUAUUUGUGAAGGCAGCGUCGUGUUUUCAAAAGAUUUGCAUUGAUGACGUACGUGCAUGAAGGACGCCUUUAUUCAGGUUUUUUAUUACUUCUAACAUAAGCACCGACGUUUGUCUUUGAUGAUUUGAAAACUAACUCCAAACACAUAGUCCCAGUCAGUAUCCACGUAAUAAUAAGGAAUUCCCCUCGACCACACCCAUAAAUUGGGGAAAACCAACAUUCUUUCCUGACCCCCAUUGUAAAAGAGGCAACUUCGUUGUCGAUGUUAUACAGAAACAACAAAACAUGCCGACAAGCUGCUGUGUUGUUCAAUGUACAUGUAGCCAGGUCAAAAAUCCCGACCCACCGUUCGCAAUGCUCCCACGUAGGGAAAUAGAGCCUGCGAGAAGAGCCCUGUGGCUUGAGGCUAUUCGGUGUGGGGAUGCGUUGGCUACACGUAGCUAUGUAUGUGGAAAACAUUUCAUCACAGGUAAGACAUUUAACUUGUUUAGUACAGUCCGUUUGUAACUCCACUCACUACAUGUAGCAGUAUAGUCUGUUUGUUUGUGCUAUUGGUCUUGGCUAGCUUAAUGUUCCGGUCGGUAGCUAACUAGCAUUCACUCACCCAAGUGGCUGCUAGCGUCGUCGUGAAAUGGGGCAUGAGGGAAGCCCUACAAUAUUAUGUUUUUCUAAGUAGUGAGAACGCUAGGGAGCAGGCAAUGUUGAAAAGCAAUCUUUAGACAUGUACUUUUCUUAAAUGUAGUUUUGUAAUGAACUAAAACAAGCAGACAACAAGAAAAUUGCGUUUGAAAAGGUCAAGUUUUUGCUGUGAGCCAAUGGGGUAACCUAGGUAACCACAGGUUGUUUUCCCCACAGGCGGGCAGGGUAGCAACUUUCUAUCUAAUACCGACUGGGUCUAUACAGCAGAUCAGUGCAUCAUUCAACAGUUUAAAGUAUAAAAUAUUUGCUUUUUUUACUUAGUAACACUGCUGUCACUCACUCUUGUCUCCGCCCAGCUGCUGGCCAAAGAGCCCAGAGAGAGGCUGGGCUGCCAGGGGGAGGGUGCUACGGAGGUGAAGGCCCACCCCAUCUUCCGAUCCAUCAACUUUAAAAGGCUGAAGGCUGGCAGGCUGAAGGCCCCGUUCACCCCUGAUGUAAGGAAACACACUGUGUGGUCCAAUCUGUUAACUGUACAGACCUCAUCAUCCAUAAUGCAUUGUUUAGAUACAGUACCAGUCAAAAGUUUGGACACACCUACUCAUUUAAGGGUUUUUAUUUAUUUGUAAUAUUUUCUACAUUGUAGAAAGUAGUAAAGACUUCAAAACUAUGAAAUAACACAUGGAAUCAUGUAGUAACCAAAAAAGUAUUAAACAAAUCAAAAUAUAUUUUAUAUUUGAGAUUCUUCGAAGUAGCCACCCUUUGCCUCGAUGACAGCUUUGCACACUCGGCAUUCUCUCACCUUCAUGAGGUAAUCACCUGGAAUCCAUUUCAAUUAACAGAUGUGCCUUGUUAAAAGUUAAUUUGUGGAAUUUCUUUCCUUCUUAAUGCGUUUGAGCCAAUCAGUUGUGUUGUGACAGACAAGGUAGGGGUGGUAUACAGAAGAUAGCCCUAUUUGGUAAAAGACCAAGUCCAUAUUAUGGCAACAACAGCUCAAAUAAGCAAAGAGAAACAACAGUCCAUCAUUACUUUAAGACAUGAAGGUCAGUCAAUCCGGAAAAUGUAAAGAACUCUGAACGUUUCUUAAAGUGCAGUCGCAAAAACCAUCAAGCGCUAUGAUGAAACUGGCUCUCAUGAGGACCGCCACAGUAAUGGAAGAUCCAGAGUUACCUCUGCUGCAGAGGAUACGUUCAUUAGAGUUAACUGCACCUCAGAUUGCAGCCCAAAUAAAUGCUUCACAGAGUUCAAGUAACAGACACAUCUCAACAUCAACUGUUCAGAGGAGACUGUGUGAAUCAAGCCUUCAUGGUCGAAUUUCUGCAAAGAAACCACUACUAAAGGACACUAAUAAAAAGAAGAGACUUGCUUGGGCCAAGAAACAUGAGCAAUGGACAUUAGACCGGUGGAAAUAUGUCCUUUGGUCUGAUGAGUCCAAAUUUGAGAUUUUUGGUUCCAACCGCCGUGUCUUUGUGAGACGCAGAGUAGGUGAAAGGAUGAUCUCCACAUGUGUGGUUCCCACCGUGAAGCAUGGAGGAGGAGGUGUGGUGGUGUGGGGGUGCUUUGCUGGUGACAUUCAAGGCACACUUAACCAGCAUGGCUACCACAGCCUUCUGCAGCGAUACGCAAUCCCAUCUGGUUUGCGCUUAGUGGGACUAUCAUUUGUUUUUCAACAGGACAAUGAUCCAAAACACACCUCCAGGCUGUGUAAGGGCUAUUUGACCAAGGAGAGUGAUGGUGCUGCAUCAGAUGACCUGGCCUCCACAAUCACCUGACCUCAACCCAAUUGAGAUGGUUUGGGAUGAGUUGGACCGCAGAGUGAAGGAAAAGCAGCCAACAAGUGCUAAGCAUAUGUGGGAACUCCUUCAAGACUGUUGGAAAAGCAUUCCUCAUUAAGCUGGUUGAGAGAAUGCCAAGAGUGUGCAAAGCUGUCAUCAAGGCAAAGGGUGGCUACUUUGAAGAAUCUCAAGUAUAAAAUAUAUUUUGAUUUGUUUAACACUGUUUUGGUUACUACAUGAUUCAAUGUGUUAUUUCACAGUUUGGAUGUCUUCACUAUUAUUUUACAAUGUAGAAAAUAGUGAAAAUAAAGAAAAACCUGAGUAGGUGUGUCCAAACGUUUGACUGGUAGUGUAUAUACAGUGCAUUCGGAAAGUAUUCAGACCGCUUCCCUUUUUUCACAUUUUGUACGUUACAGCCCUAUUCUAAAAUUGAUAAAAUAUAUAUUUUUCUCAUCAAUCUACACACAAUAACCCAUAGCAAAAACAGGUUUGUAUUAUUGCAAAUGUAAAAAAAAAUAUAUAUAUAUUUUUUUUAAAUACCUUAUUUACAUAAGUAUUCAGACCCUUUGCUAUGAGACUCUGGUGCAUCCUGUUUCCAUUGAUCAUCCUUGAGAUGUUUCUACAACUUGAUUGGAGUCCACCUGUGGUAAAUUCAAUUGAUUGGACAUGAUUUGGAAAGGCACACACCUGUCUAUAUAAGGUCCCAUAGUUGACAGUGCAUGUCAGAGCAAAAACCAAUCCAUGAGGUUGAAGGAAUUGUCCGUAGAGCUCCGAGACAGGAUUGUGUCGAAGCACAGAUCUGGGGAAGGGUACCAAAACAAAUCUGCAGUAUCGAAGGUCCCCAAGAACACAGUGGCCUCCAUCAUUCUUAAAUGGAAGAAGUUUGGAACCACCAAGACUCUUCCUAGAGCUGGCCUAACUGAGCAAUUGGUGGAGAAGGGCCUUGGUCAGGGAGGUGACCAAGAACCAGAUGGUCACUCUGACAGAGCUCCAGAGAUCCUCUUUGGAGAUAGGAGAUCCUUCCAGAAGGACAACCAUCUCUGCAGCACUCCACCAAUCAGGCCUGUAUGGUAGUGUGGCCAGACAGAAGCCACUCAGUAAAAGGCACAUGACAGCACACUUGGAGUUUGCCAAAAGGCACCUAAAGGACUCUCAGACCAUGAGAAACAAGAUUGUCUGGUCUGAUGAAACAAAGAUUGAACUCUUUGGCCUGCAUGCCAAGUGUCACGUCUGGAGGAAACCUGGCACCAUCCCUACGGUGAAGCAUUGUGGUGGCAGCAUCAUGCUGUGGGGAUGUUUUUCAGUGGCAGGGACUGGGAGACUAGUCAGGAUCGAGGGAAAUAUGAACGGAGCAAGGUACGGAGAGAUCCUUGAUGGAAACCUGCUCCAGAGCACUCAGGACCUCAGACUGGGGCGAAGGUUCACCUUCCACCAGGACAAUGACCCUAAGCACACAGCCAAGACAACGCAGGAGAGGCUUCGGGACAAGUCUCUGAAUGUCCUUGAGUGGCCCAGCCAGAGCCCAGACUUGAACCCUAUUGAACAUCUCUGGAGAGACUUGAAAAUAGCUGUGCAUCGACGCCCCCCCAUCCAACCUGACAGAGCUUGAGAGGAUCUGCAGAGAAGAAUGGGAGAAACUCCCCAAAUACAGGUGUGCCAAGCUUGUAGUGUCAUACCCAAGAAGACUCGAGACUGUAAUCGCUUCCAAAGGUGCUUCAACAAAGUACUGAGUGAAGGGUCUGAAUACCUACAGUGGGGAGAACAAGUAUUUGAUACACUGCCGAUUUUGCAGGUUUUCCUACUUACAAAGCAUGUAGAGGUCUGUCAUUUUUAUCAUAGGUACACUUCAACUGUGAGAGAAGGAAUCUAAAACAAAAAUCCAGAAAAUCACAUUGUAUGAUUUUUAAGUAAUUAAUUUGCAUUUUAUUGCAUGACAUAAGUAUUUGAUCACCUACCAACCAGUAAGAAUUCCGGCUCUCACAGACCUGUUCGUUUUUCUUUAAGAAGCCCUCCUGUUCUCCACUCAUUGCCUGUAUUAACUGCACCUGUUUGAACUCGUUACCUGUAUACAAGACACCUGUCCACACACUCAAUCAAACAGACUCCAACCUCUCCACAAUGGCCAAGACCAGAGAGCUGUGUAAGGACAUCAGGGAUAAAAUUGUAGACCUGCACAAGGCUGGGAUGGGCUACAGGACAAUAGGCAAGCAGCUUGGUGAGAAGGCAACAACUGUUGGCGCAAUUAUUAGAAAAUGGAAGAAGUUCAAGAUGACGGUCAAUCAACCUCGGUCUGGGGCUCCAUGCAAGAUCUCACCUCGUGGGGCAUCAAUGAUCAUAAGGAAUGUGAGGGAUCAGCCCAGAACUACACGGCAGGACCUGGUCAAUGACCUGAAGAGAGCUGGGACCACAGUCUCAAAGAAAACCAUUAGUAACACACUACGCCGUCAUGGAUUAAAAUCCUGCAGCGCACGCAAGGUCCCCCUGCUCAAGCCAGCGCAUGUCCAGGCCCGUCUGAAGUUUGCCAAUGACCAUCUGGAUGAUCCAGAGGAGGAAUGGGAGAAGGUCAUGUGGUGUGAUGAGACAAAAAUAGAGCUUUUUGGUCUAAACUCCACUCGCCGUAUUUGGAGGAAGAAGAAGAAUGAGUACAACCCCAAGAACACCAUCCCAACCGUGAAGCAUGGUGGUGGAAACAUCAUUCUUUGGGGAUGCUUUUCUGCAAAGGGGACAGGACGACUGCACCGUAUUGAGGGGAGGAUGGAUGGGGCUAUGUAUCGUGAGAUCUUGGCCAACAACCUCCUUCCCUCAGUAAGAGCAUUGAAGAUGGGUCGUGGCUGGGUCUUCCAGCAUGACAACGACCCGAAACACACAGCCAGGGCAACUAAGGAGUGGCUCCGUAAGAAGCAUCUCAAGGUUCUGGAGUGGCCUAGCCAGUCUCCAGACCUGAACCCAAUAGAAAAUCUUUGGAAGGAGCUGAAAGUCCGUAUUGCCCAGCGACAGCCCCGAAACCUGAAGGAUCUGGAGAAGGUCUGUAUGGAGGAGUGGGCCAAAAUCCCUGCUGCAGUGUGUGCAAACCUGGUCAAGACCUACAGGAAACGUAUGAUCUCAGUAAUUGCAAACAAAGGUUUCUGUACCAAAUAUUAAGUUCUGCUUUUCUGAUGUAUCAAAUACUUAUGUCAUGCAAUAAAAUGCAAAUGAAUUACUUAAAAAUCAUACAAUGUGAUUUUCUGGAUUUUUGUUUUAGAUUCCGUCUCUCACAGUUGAAGUGUACCUAUGAUAAAAAAUACAGACCUCUACAUGCUUUGUAAGUAGGAAAAACAGCAAAAUCAUCGGUGUAUCAAAUACUUGUUCUCCCCACUGUAUGUAAAUGUGAUAUUUUAUUAUUCGCAAAAAUGUCUAAAAACCUGUUUUUGCUUCGUCAUUAUUGGGUAUUGUGUGUAGAUCAAUGAGAAAAAAAGUACAAUUUAAUCAAUUUUUUAAUAAGGCUGGAACUUAACAAAAUGUGGAAAACAGCGAGGGGUCUGAAGACUUUCCGAAUGCACUGUAUAUUGAAUUUCAAACACAGAUUCAACUUUAAAGACCAGAGAGCUUUUCGAAAGCCUCAUAAAGAAGGGCAGUGAUUGGUAGAUGGGUAACAAUAACAAAUCCGACAUUGAAUAUCUCUUUUAAAGGCCAAAUGCAGCUGUUUUUAUCUCAGUAUCAAAUCAUUUCUGGGUAACAAUUAAGUACCUUACUGUUAUUUUUUAAAAUUGAAAUGGUUAAAAUAAACAAAAAUAGCUUCUUAGCAAAGAGCAAUUUCUCAAGCAAGAAUUUUGCUAGGACUGGCUGGGAGUGGCCUGAGUGAGGGGCCUAAUUGGACAAGAUUAUGGCCGGGAUAUGUAAUCUGAAAACAAGCUGUUAUUGGCAAAGGUUUGAAACUCUUUGUUAUUGGUCUAUUAAAUUAUACGACAUCACCAGGCAGGCCAAAACUCCAUCCCACCAAAACAGGAUGAAAUUUCAGGUGGUCUUUUCAAACCGCUUUUACACUAAAACACUAUUAUUAUUUUCACAAUUUCAUAAAGAAACUGCUCAGGGCUGUCACCAUGAGGCCCUUGGUGAUUUUAAAACGGCUCCGGAAUUCAAUGGCUAUGAUGUGAGGAAACUGAGGAUGGAUCAAAUCAAAUCAAAUGUUAUUUGUCACAUACACGUGUUUAGCAGAUGUUAUAGCGGGUGUAGCGAAAUGCUUGUGCUUCUAGCUCCGACAGUGGAUCAACAACAUUGUAGUGACUCCAAUAAUGACCUAAAUGACAGAGUGAAAAUAAGAUGUACAUUUUUUAAAUAUUUGUUUUACUUGCAUCCUGUAUGCGACAAGGCACCAAAGCAGUGGAAUUCAAAAUCGGGACCCCUAGUGGGGUCGCGGGAGAACUGCUUUGGGGUCAGCAAAAUAUCAACAACAACAAAAUAUUUCAAUACCGAUUUAUUAUAUGGAACAAUAUACAAACGUUACAAACGUUUUUGAGAAAGCUAAUUUAAAAUAUACAAUUUUAUUGAGUAAAUGUAUUUAUUGGAUUAUUUUCAUUUUGAUAAGAAAUACAAAUGAUAUGAACUUUAAUCUUAUUUGUUUAUAUAAAAUCUAAAUGUACAUCUUGACAGAGCUUGCUUGAAGAAUUUUGAAAAGAAUGAUGGGCAAAUACUGCACAAUGCAGGUGUGCAAAGCUCUUAGACUUACCCAAUAAGACUCACAGCUGUAAUCACUGCCAAAGGUGUUUCUAACGUUACUCAGGGGGGUGAAUACUUAUCUAAUCACGGUACACUACAUGACACCUGCUCGUCGAACAUCUCAUUCCAAAAUCAUGGGCAUUAAUAUGGAGUUGGUCCCCCCCUUUGCUGCUAUAGCAGCCUCCACUCUUCUGGGAAGGCUUUCCACUAGAUGUUGGAACAUUGCUGCGGGGACUUGCUUCCAUUCAGCCACAAGCAUUAGUGAGGUUGGGCACUGAUGUUGGGCGAUUAGGCCUGGCUCGCAGUCGGCGUUCCAAUUCAUCCCAAAGGUGUACGAUGGGUUGAGGUCAGGGCUCUGUGCAGGCCAGUCAAGUUCUUCCACACCGGUCUUGACAAACUAUUUCUGUAUGGACCUCGCUUUGUGCAUGGGGGAAUUGUCAUGAUGAAACAGGAAAGGGCCUUCCCCAAACUGUUGCCACAAAGUUGGAAGCACAGAAUUGUCUAGAAUGUCAUUGUAUGCUGUAGUGUUAAGAUUUCCGUUCACUGGAACUAAGGGGCCUAGCCUGAACCAUGAAAAACAGCCCCAGACCAUUAUUCCUCCUCCACCAAACUUUCCAGUUGGCACUAUGCAUUGGGGCAGGUAGCGUUCUCCUGGCAUCCCCCCAAACCCAGAUUCUUCCGUCGGACUGCCAGAUGGUGAAGCGUGAUUCAUCACUCCAGGGAACGCGUUUCCACUGCUCCAGAGUCCAAUGGCGGCGAGCUUUACACCACCCCAGCCGACGCUUGGCAUCUCGCAUGGUGAUUUCAGCCUUGUGUGCGGCUGCUCGGCCAUGGAAACCAAUUUCAUGAAGCUCCAGACGAACAGUUAUUGUGCUGAUGUUGCUUCCAGAGGCAGUUUGGAACUCGGUAGUGAGUGUUGCAACUGAAGACAAAUUAUCUUUACGCGCUUCAGCACUCGGCGGUCCCGUUCUGUGAGCUUGUGUGGCCUACCACUUCGCGGCUGAGCUGGUGUUGCUCCUAGACGUUUCCACUUUACAAUAACAGCACUUGCAGUUAACCGGGGCAGCUUUAGCAGGGCAGAAAUUUGACGAACUGACUAGUUGGAAAGGUGGCAUCCUAUGACGGUGCCACAUUGAAAGUAACUGAGCUCUUCAGUAAGGCCAUUGUACUGUCAAUGUUUGUCUUUGGAGAUGGCUGUGUGCUCGAUUUGUAUACGUCUCUCAGCAACGGGUGUGGCUGAAAUAGCCGAAUCCACUACUUUUGUAUAUUAGUGUUGUAUUUUUCAUUCAUAUAAAAAAAAAAAUCUUCCACUUUGACAUUACAGAGUAUUUUGUGUAGAUCGUUGACAACUAAAUCAGUUUUAAUCGCACUUUGUAACACAAUAAAAUGUGAAGAAAUCCAAGGGAGAUGAAUACUUAAGAUACCCACUGUAUAUACCAUAUGACCUUAUUAAUACCCUCAAGAGUAAUUAAGAAGGCAUUGUCAGAGCACAUGAUUACAUUAAUGUACAGUGCAUGCAACACAUGAUGUACAGUAGACAUACAAUGUUGUUUGCUUCCCCAGCCCCAGGCCAUUUACUGUAAGGACGUGCUGGACAUCGAGCAGUUCUCCACGGUCAAGGGGGUGGAGUUGGAGCCCAAAGAUGACUCCUUCUACUGUAAAGUGUCCACAGGCAGCGUGUCCAUCCCCUGGCAGAUGGAGGUCAGAGGUCACACACACACACACCAAAAGGAAUCAACCUGCACAAAAAAUGACUGCCGUGGUUUGAGUUGUCAUCAGCCUGUUUUAAAACACCACACACACUUUUAAUCAUUUCGAAGACGAAGAGUGUCAGUCAAUUAUUUUCCUAUCAGCUAUGUCCGACAAAGACACUAUGGGCAAAUGAGCUCUAUUUUUAGAUGCUUUCACUUCCCCGUCCUAUCAAGAUGGCGUUAACUUUUAUCAUACUGAUGUGCUGGUCAGUAGCCUGUCAAAAAACACUUGGGGUCUGCCCCAAACAGCACCCUAUUCCAUAUGUAGUCCACUACUUUUGACCAGGGCUCAUAGUGCUCUGGUCAAAAGUAGUGCACUGUGUAGGGAAUAGGGUGCCAUUUGGUACGUAUCUCAAAGUCCCCUUUUACCUUGAUAUGCCCCUUUAUCAAAGAAGCUGUGUAACGAUGGAUUUGAGGUUUGAUGUUGUGAUCAAUGUUGUUUCUUCUGUUUCCAGAUGAUCGAGUCUGAGUGCUUUCAGGAGCUCAAUGUGUUUCACACGGACGGGACAGUUCCCCCGGACCUGGACUGGAGAGGGCAGCCCUCGCCACCACCUAAACAGGGGCUGCUGCAGAGGCUCUUUGGGAGACAGGUGAGCUCCUCAACCUUAUUAAACCGAAAGCCUCAGUGUUGUUUGUGUCAUUGACUCUACAUUGUAUCUUAUGAUUGAUAGGGCUAUGUAUGUUAUUUGGCUGUAGGUGUAUGUAUUCUUAUUGACUACAGGGAUUUUUUGAUAAACCAGAAUACACCUAUUGUAGCAUAAUGUUAUGUACUACAUCACCCACCAUGCUCUGUGUAAGAUCUCACACCGAGCAGUAUGGGUACUGUAGUACAUCAUGCUCCUGAAGCUUACAUAUUGGUGUCCUGUCUCCUUAUCAAUGCUCCAAUGUUUUCCUCAUCAACUUCUCAUUGGGCCUCCUGAUAAAUGUCUGCUCUGUAUCGCCCCAUGUCAGGACUGUUGUGGGAACUGCAGCGACAGUGACGAGGAGCCCACCAGGCUGUGA